CUGGACGCGAGUGGGCGUGGUGGGAUUAGUCACGUAGCUCCUUCCACGGUUUCUUUACUACGUGAGGCCGACUUGGAGGGAAGUGAACGUCGCAAAGAAAGGAAAAAAUAGGAGAAAAGAGCAGAAACAGAAACUGUCCCUAAAAGCUGCCUCAGGAGCAGUGAAGUGUCUUCAUGGCAGUUCGUCGAGGACACAUUAAGUACUUGAAAGCCGACCUGCAGGAGGUGUAUGACAUGUCUAAUGGUUAUGAAGACCACAUGGGAGGGGACGAGGGGAAGGACGCCAAGACCAACCUGAUAGUGAACUACCUGCCUCAGAGCAUGACGCAGGACGAGCUGCGGAGCCUCUUCAGCAGCAUCGGAGAGGUGGAGUCUGCCAAGCUGAUUCGAGACAAAGUCGCAGGCCACAGUUUAGGGUACGGAUUUGUUAACUAUCUUAACCCUAGUGAUGCAGACAGAGCUAUCAGUACACUGAAUGGACUAAGGCUACAGUCCAAAACUAUCAAGGUUUCAUACGCACGGCCCAGCUCUGAUACAAUAAAGGAUGCCAACCUAUAUAUCAGCGGCCUGCCAAAGUCCAUGACCCAGAAGGACGUGGAGGACAUGUUUUCACGUUAUGGACACAUCAUUAACUCCCGAGUACUUGUUGAUCAGGCUACAGGUACGACAGGUGCGUCCCGCGGGGUGGCUUUUAUCAGGUUUGACAAGCGGGCAGAGGCAGAGGAUGCUGUCAAAAAUCUGAAUGGCCAAAAACCGCCUGGAGCCUCUGAGCCAAUCACAGUCAAAUUUGCUGCCAACCCAAACCAGGUGAAGAACACGCAGCUCAUCUCUCAGCUCUACCACAACCAGUCCCGACGCUUCGGGGGGCCCUUACACCACCAGGCGCAGCGGUUUAGGUUCUCCCCCAUGGGUGUUGAUCACAUGGGCAGCAUGGGAGGUGUCAGUGUCCCUGGGAACUCCACCUCCGGCUGGUGCAUUUUCAUCUACAACCUGGGCCAGGAUGCCGACGAGAGCAUCCUUUGGCAGAUGUUCGGCCCCUUUGGUGCCGUCACCAACGUCAAGGUGAUCCGAGACUUCAACACCAACAAGUGCAAGGGCUUCGGCUUCGUUACCAUGACUAACUACGAGGAGGCGGCCAUGGCCAUCGCCAGCCUGAACGGCUACCGGCUGGGAGACAAGAUACUGCAAGUGUCCUUUAAGACCAGCAAGGGCCACAAGUAGAGAAAGCUGGACAAUCGGGUGUAGAGGAGAGAUGGAAAUGACAUCCGUCAGGCUUUUAUUGGAGAGAGCAGAAGUAUGAGUUUGCAAAGUCUGACACAUCUGUUUGGGUUUUAGUGUAUUCAGAAUUAAAUGAGAUGUUCACUCUUCUGCACCUUUGUACUUGUCUAAAAGAGUGGGUUUUGUUUUGUUUUUUUUGUUUUCAUCUUUAUACUCUUGCUUGUGGCUUGAGGACACUCUGUAGUUUUAAUUUUUAGGGAGGGGAUGGAGAGGGCAAAAUCCCUUGAUACCCCCAAGAUAACUUUUGAAAAUUAUCUAAAAAGCUAAAAUACUGUCUGUAUGUGUUGCAUGUAUAACUGUUGGGACUAGAUAGAGGAGGCAGGCAAAUGGUUCUUAGCAGUGCACUGAAAAUAUGGAGCGUAAGGAAAGCCCUGCAAAUUGUUCUCAAAGUGUUGAGAUUUUAGCGGAUGAUUUAGUGUAAAGGAGGUGAAGAACAAUAUUUUGCCUGUAGCCAGUGGUUGUUUCAUUUUUGGAAAAGCAGUGCUCUGUUCUGGAUCCUCAUCAUAAGUAGAAAUAGAUGCCUUAAAUUAUCAUCCAGUGGACACAUAGACCUACAAUACCACUCACUGUCUCGAGUCAAUCCAAGAGCAAAGCACUUUUAACCAAUCUGUUUUAGGUUACUAUGAAUAUCAGUCUUUUUGAUGUUAAUCUAUGACUUUGCUCACCCUCGUACCAGCUUAACACUUUUAAACAUGACGAGCUCUGGAGGGAAAUCUUUUUGUUUUGUUGUCCCUGUGUAAAGUGUCUUUAUUAUAACUUGUAUUUCAGGAGAGUCCUGGUGAAUAUGAACCCCAGUCAAAGAGUAGGGAACCAAGAUGGACCAAAGGCAGGGAAAGAUUUGAUCCCAUAACACCAGAAGAGUUUUUUUCUGAGCAGAUUUUCACAAGGUAAAUUUACACCUUUUUUUUGUUGUUUUUUUUGAAGAGGUACUAAGGUUAUAUCUGACGCUGAUUGAGAGCAGCAUCACUUUUGGUUCAGUUUGCUGUUUUGUUUUUUUCUUUUAGUUGAUUAGUUUUAUUUUAGUUUGGAACAUUUUUUUUUUCUUUCUGAAGGCAUAGAUUUUUAUUUGUUACACUGUAAGUUACAAACUUGUUUUAACGAGUGAAUCUCUAGUUUGGAGAAAAAUUAAUGGCCUUUGUUAAUUAUUUCAGUUUAGAUUUGCUUUCUUUUCUUCCUUUUGUUUUGGUUGUUUCACUUUGAGCAUAAACCAUUAAAUUUUAUUUCUUUUUGCUGAAAGUUUUGUUUGGUUUGUUUCUUUUUUUAUUUACCUUUUUUUUAGAUUUGGUUUGGAGUUUUGUUCUAUAAGUUUUUCUAGUAGCAAAUCUGCAGUGACGAUAAAAGAUCCCAUGUCAAAUAAAAACAGACGGUUACAAAAAGUGUUUCCACUGGAGGCUUUUAAACGUCUGAAACAGGCUUAAAUUAACAAUAUAUGGACCAAUGUUAGUUGAGAAACGGUUAUUUAACCGGUACACAAAAACUUGAAGGGAAGUGAUUGUCCUGCAAACAUUUCAUGACAGCAUUCACUUUUAUAAGUUUGACCACUGAAGAGAAACAUAAUUAGCAAGUUGAAGCUGGCACUUUUGGUACGGUCAUUUUUUCAGCAGUUGUGAGUUGAAAGUCAGGCUUAUUUUAUUGACAUCUGGCUCAGUAAAUCUGCUUUUUGGUACCCAGCUGUUUGGGGAGGGCGAUUUUACAUUUAAAUUAAAUUUGAUUUAUUGGCUCGAGUGUAGAAGUCAGUGAAGCCAGAUUUGUUGUGCAUCAGCUGUGUUUGAUAUUUAAACACGCCAAAUAAAUAUACACCAUUCACUUUAAGCUUUAGGCCUUUUAGACCCAAACCCAUUGCUCUGAUUUUUGUCUAAUGGGGAUUACUUUUAACUAGUGAGGGCUUUGUUUACUUGCUCAGUGAGACACUUAUUAUAUUACCCAGAAGAUAAUUGGCAUAUCAUAGCUCACCUUUUUAUAGUGAUGAAUUUGGUAGAUUGUCUUUUUCUCCAAGGUGGUUGAACGGUGGCGCAUUAGCAUCGGUACUGUACUUGUUCUUGUUUUAAGAUGACCACAAAUUGAACAAAGGAACCACUUGGUGAUAGUUACAAGUAGCAAAUGAUUCCUGAGAACAGUACCUGCUAACACUUUUUAGGAUUCACUUAAAAACUUUUUUCCAGCAAUAAUUCCCCUGAUGCUUCAUUAAUGCCUCUUUAAUCUGUUUGCCCCUUUUGAAAGGAGUAUUCCCAUCACAAGCUUCAGAUUUGGGUUUUUAAAGUGCUUUUUGGUUUAGCAUGUUAUUCCAUGUUAUUUUUAUGUCCCAAUCCUGAACUUUGUGCAAUAUUUCAUGACUGCCCAAAGCAGGUAAAUUUGUUGUAGUCUUGGACUGUCAUCUUUUUUUUUAAUAUAAUUUCUUUUUUCUACUGACGUUAUGUUACUGCUUAGUUUUCUCAGCAGUCUGGUUGGAAUUGCAUGAAAGAUGCAAGUGAAUUUGUUUUAGGGGCAGUUGGAAUAAACUGCAUUCCGCCUUAAUUUAUAAGUGGAAAUGGUGCAUUUUACAUCAGAGGAGGUGCAAAUAUUUAUUUGACAAUGUAUGCGGUCAUACUUGUUACUUAUUGGAGUGUUUUUAAUGAUCGAUUUUUGUUUUCUUGGUUUUGAAGGACACUAAGUUGAAGCCCAUUAAAUGUCUUCUAACAUUGGAUCAUUUCAAUAAAAACAUGGUGGCUUUUCAAAAUUUGAAAGAA